GGGUUACAUAAUAAAUCCCUUAAGCCUUUGAGUGGCCAUUGACAAAAAACAGCCUCAAUGUGAGGAGGUGUGGUUGUUAAACCACCAGUUGUAGUCACAUAUAAAUUCAUCUGCUCACAUAUGAGGGCGCACUUGGGGACUGUCCAGGUCUAACCAGUGUGAAACCAUGGCAAACCGCUGGGGCGUUAUCUUCUUAGGGGUAUUUGUGCUGCUGGUGUGCUUCAGAAGGACCGAGCUAACACCUCAGCACGGGCAAUCUUCAAAAAACCCACCUCCUCAGAGCAACCUUCCACCUCAGAAUCCAACAGGUCUGAAUCCCUUGUUUCCUCCCGACGGCCCAUUUGCAACCGAACCUUUGGAUCCUUCAUAUCUGUGGUUAUCUGGUCAUCCUGGGCUGAAUCCAUUUAAAGAUCCUGGAGGGCAGAUGAAUGUUAAAAAUCCGAUGGGCCAGAAUCCUGUUAAACACCUUGGAGGGCAGCAUCCUAUCAAGUAUCCUGGAGGGCAGACUCCUGUAAAUAAUCGUGCUGUUUGGGAUGUCCCUCAAGGGCAGAAUCCUCCAAAUCCUGGAAUGCAGUAUCCUAGUCAAAAUCCUGGAGUGCAGUAUCCUGGUCAAAAUCCUGGAGGGAAGUAUCCUGUUCAAAAUCCCAGAAUGCAGUAUCCUCAAAAUCCCGGAGGACAGAAUCCUCCAAAUCCCGGAAUGCAGUAUUCUCAAAAUCCCGAAGGAGAGAAUCCUGUUAAAAAUCCCGGAGGACAGUAUCCUCAAACUCCCGGAAUGCAGUAUCCUAAAAAUCCCGGAGGACAGAAUCCUGUUAAAAAUCCCAGAGUGCAGAAUCCUCAAAAUCCUGGAUUGCAGUAUCCUCAAAAUCCCGGAGGUCAAAAUCCUCAAAAUCCCGGAAUGCAGUAUCCUCAAAAUCCCGGAGGACAGAAUCCUCAAAAUCCUGGAGUGCAGAAUCCUCAGAAUCCCGGAGGACAGAAUCCUCAAAAUCCCGGAGGACAAAAUCCUGUUAAAAAUCCCGGAGUGCAGUAUCCUGGUCAAAAUCCCGGGAUGCAGUAUCCUCAAAAUCCCGGAGGACAGAAUCCUCAAAAUUCUGGAGUGCAGAAUCCUCAGAAUCCCGGAGGACAGAAUCCUCAAAAUACUGGAGGACAGAAUCCUCAAAAUCCCGGAGGACAAAAUCCUGUUAAAAAUCCAGGAGGCCAGUAUCCUGGUCAAAAUCCCGGAAUGCAGUAUCCUCAAAAUCCCGGAAUGCAGUAUCCUCAAAAUCCUGGAGGACAGAAUCCUCAAAAUUCCGGAGCGCAGAAUCCUCCAAAUCCCGGAGGACAGAAUCCUCAAAAUCCCGGAGGACAAAAUCCUGUUAAAAAUCCCGGAGGGCAGUAUCCUGGUCAAAAUCCCGAAAUGCAGUAUCCUCAAAAUCCCGGAAUGCAGUAUCCUCAAAAUCCUGGAGGACAGAAUCCUCAAAAUUCCGGAGGACAGAAUCCUGUCAAAAAUCCCGGAGGGCAGUAUCCUCAAAAUCCUGGAGGACAGAAUCCUCAAAAUCCCGCAGGACAAAAUCCUGUUAAAAAUCCCGGAGGGCAAUAUCCUGGUCAAAAUCCCGGAAUGCAGUAUCCUCAAAAUCCCGGAAUGCAGUAUCCUCAAAAUCCUGGAGGGCAGAAUCCUCAAAAUCCCGGAGGACAGAAUCCUGUCAAAAAUCCCGGAGGACGGUAUCCUCAAAAUCCCGGAAUGCAGUAUCCUCAAAAUCCCGGAGGACAGAAUCCUCAAAAUCCCGGAGUGCAGAAUCCUCAAAAUCCCGGAGGACAGAAUCCUCAAAAUCCCGGAGGACAAAAUCCUGUAAAAAAUCCCACAGGACAGAAUCCUGUUGAAAGUCCUGGAGGGCAGAAUCCUGUUAAAAUUCCUGAUUGGGGUGUUCAACACGGCAAUCCUCCCCUAAAUCAUUUUCCUGAUGCUUUUGUUUAUGAUCAUUCUACCAAACAUACGAAGAACCCUGAAUACCCCACGACUCCUUUCAAUAGGUGUGAUGUGUAUACAACUGCUCGAGUCCCGUGUGGAAGAGAUGAUAUCUCUGCGGAGGCUUGUGAUGCUCUUCAGUGCUGCUAUAAUGGAGGCAUGUGCUACUUUGGGAAGACGGUGACUGUCCAGUGCACCAAAGAUGCUCAGUUUAUCGUAGUGGUAGCCAGAGAUGCCACCUUACCCUCCAUCGACCUGGAAACCUUUUCACUAUUGGGAGAUGGUCCUGGCUGCAUGCCUGUUGACUCGAAUUCCGUUUUUGCAAUCUACCAGUUUCCUGUGACCACCUGUGGAACUGUUGUUACGGAGGAGCCUGGUAUGAUAAUCUAUGAGAAUAGGAUGACCUCCUCGUAUGAAGUGGCCAUGGGACCUCUGGGUGCUAUAACCCGAGACAGCAGCUACGAUUUACUCUUCCAGUGUCGGUACAGGGGCACUUCAGUUGAAACUAUUGUUGCAGAAAUUUUCCAACCGCACGAGCAUCCUGCAGCAGUGUUUGCUCGAGGUCCCAUCAGUGUGCAGCUGAGGUUGGGUAAUGGGCGAUGCCUCACGAAGGGUUGUGACGAAGAGGAAGUGGCCUACAACUCUUACUAUUUGGCCGCGGACUAUCCUGUGACCAGAAUCUUGAGGGAUCCCGUGUAUGUGGAGGUUCAACUCAUGGAUAGGAGUGACGCCAACCUUGUCCUUAAUCUCGGCCGCUGUUGGACCACCACGAGUGAAAAUCCUCACAGUCUGCCUCAGUGGGACAUUCUUAUUAACGGAUGUCCAAACAGAGAUGAUCGCUACACGUCCUCUUUGAUUCCAGUUGGUCCAAACUCUGGUCUGGAAUUCCCAAGACAUUACAGGCGUUUCAGUUUCCAAAUGUUUACCUUCGUGGACCCCAACUCACUAGAACCACAAAAAGAGCAGGUGUAUAUUCACUGCAGUACAUCUAUCUGCAACGCUGGAGCUGGCUUCUCUUGUGAACCGAAUUGCUUAAGCCGGAGAAGGAGAGACGCCAAAGAUGCAGUCAAGAAGAUGGCUGAGCCAAGGAUUGUGGCCUCUUCUGGACCUCUGCAGAUGAUUAGCCGGGCAGUGUAA